AGCAAACGUGCGUGCGUUACGUGCAUCAAAGAUGGUGUCGUAGGAACUGGGUACUGUUCUACAAGUCAUCUGAGUCUCAAAUAGCUACAUGCAUGUGUUUAGUUUCUUGGAGCUGCUUAGAGUAAAUAAGUAUGAUCAAACUGAUGUUUGCAGGAUACAAAAAAAGUGAAAGGUACAUGUAGAGAGGGUCGUUGGCAAGGAACUUAGUUUGAGGCAGGUUAGCUAGCUAACAAUGUGUAACGUUGUGUUUUGAACUGACCUGUGUGGUGUGUUGCGCUUGCUAGGGACUGGUUUACUUUGAGAUUUGACCGAUUGGAGGCUAGCUAUCGUCAGCUAGACCGCUCUAUCUAGCCGGAUCAGAGUGCGCGUGACCUUCUUUGCCCCCAUUACAUAGUUAUCUGGCAAAGGUUACUGGAGUAAAACAAAAGUCGCUAGCUGCCUUGCUUGUGAAAGUUAAACAGAGCGCUGACUAGAUAAGAUUUGUUUUUAAGCUUCUACAGUAGCUGACUUGCUAAGCUUGCUAGGGCGUGCUUUGUCCAUUCAGAACUACGCUAGGUGAGAGUGGUCUCGCAGCAUCUGGAUUCAACGAGUUUAGUGUGUAUGAAUGAAUGGACCCAAGUCAAACAGUUGGGAGGAAGCUCAAGCUUACAUUACCGACAUUGGAUUCCCACCGAGUUGACCAACGACCACAUUAAAGGGAAGCAACAACGAAAAACUUUUGAUUGUCUUUUAAAAUAUUUUUUAAAUACCAUUUACAAUAAUGACUUACCGAGCCUUUAUAAACUUUUUGUGCCUUGGGAAUCGAGCUGUCACUAUUUUAAAUAGGAGCUCAGGUCGCCUCCUUCACAUCCAGAUGGGGAUACGAAAUAUUGCAUCACAGGCUGAAAGUGGUUUCAACCCUGCGAAAGUUGCUGUGGUGACAAAGAUGACAAGAUAUGAAUUCGAGCAGCAAAGAUAUCGCUUUUCAGAGCUCUCAGAAGAGGACUUAAAACAGCUGCUUGCAUUGAAGGGUUCCAGUUACCUUGGGCUGCUGGAGAGACACAACAUCCAUACCCGCAAUGUGGAACACAUUGUGGAGAGUCUACAGAAAGAGGGGAUGGAGGUGCGUGUGGUGAAGAGAGGGCAAUAUGAUGAAGAAACAGUGCGAUGGGCAGAUGCUAUUAUCUCUGCAGGGGGGGAUGGAACUAUGCUACUUGUCGCCAGUAAGGUUUUCAAUAAAGACCAACCCGUUCUUGGGGUUAACACAGACCCUGAAAGGUCAGAGGGACACCUGUGCCUGCCUGUGCGUUACACACAUGCCUUCCCUGAGGCACUACAAAAACUCCGCCGUGGUCAGUUCAGGUGGCAGUGGCGGCAGAGGAUCCGUCUACAUCUGGAGGGCACAGGGAUCAACCCCACCCCAGUGGACCUACAUGAACAGCAGCUCAGUCUGGAGCAACACAACCAGGCCCACCGCAUCACCCUCAUGGAGGCCCAGAGCAGUACGGCCCCUCGGCCUCCUAUGUGCGAGGCUUGCAGCUUAUCCAAGCCCUACCUACUCCCUGUCAGAGGACUGAAUGAGAUCUUCAUUGGGGAAUCUCUCUCCUCCAGGGUGAAGUAUAAAUCCUUCAAACCUCAUCUCACCCUCUCGCUCCAUAGGGCUUCCUACUAUGAGAUCUCUGUGGACGAUGGACCGUGGGAGAAGCAGAAGAGCUCUGGCCUUAGCAUCUGCACUGGGACUGGAUCUAAAGCCUGGUCUUACAAUAUUAACAAACUGGUUGAACAGGCUGUGGGAGAGGUCUUAAGAAUAGGAAAGGCACACAUGGGUCUUGAUAUUCCACUGAGUCAGGAAUUGAUUGAAAAGGUGACUGAUGAAUACAACAAGUCUCUGGUGUUUGGUCCGGAGGAAGGCAGAAUGAUCUUCAGCAUCAGAGAGCCAAUCGUCAACAGAGUGUUCUCCAGCAGUCGCCAAAGAGGCUUUGCCAACAGGGUGUGUGUGCGCUCGCGGUGCUGGGACGCGUGCAUGGUGGUGGACGGCGGAACUUCUUUUGAGUUCAACGACGGUGCCAUAGCAACAAUCACCAUGAACGAGGAGGACCAGCUCCGGACUGUUCUCCUUGAAAACUGACCGGCCAAACCAUCCUUACUGAACUCACAGUGGACUCUAAAUAGCAGUGAUCUAUGAAGGAAGCAGGGAGGACAGGCUAGUCUCAUGCAUUAUUAGGACCUGUGAACUUGAUGAGACUAUCACAUCCUCCCCUUGUAGCUUUUUGGAGUUUGGCAGAAUUAUAUUUAGGUUAUAUUCACAAAUGUGUUCUUUACUUUUGCAUUGGUGUUGGCUGUAUUAGUUACAUUUGGGGUUUAUUUAGCUUUUUUGUCUCAAUUUGAUUUAUCCAAUAUCUUUACAAGCUUAUCGGGCCAUCGGAAAUGAGUGUAAUUAUGCAGUAUUUGCAACUUUUUUUCACAAUACAAUUACUUGCAGCAGCCUUGCUCCAUUAUGGAUUGUUAGUUUCACAAGUUUUGAGUUUGCAUAAGAGACCAUAUAGGCAGCUGUGAGUUUCUGACUUUGCCUUGGGCAUUUAUCAUUGCCAAACACUACCCAAAUCAAUCCUCUUCACCCAUUGCUAUAUAAUUCAAAACUGAGAGACAGAGUGAGCCCACGUGACACACCAUUUCUUACGGAAUGUUGUGUUAUAAUAACUGGAUGUGCUGCCAUCAUUAGUUUAUUUUAUAUUUAUAUUUUGGCCAUUUUUCAGACUGUGCCAAUUACUAUUGGAAAAAAUGUUGCUGUGUUAGUGGACAAAUUCUGAUCAAAUUUAAAUUAAAAAAAAUCUAUUCUAUUUGGCCGAUUUUAUAUAUUUUUCUAGGUCUUUUGAGCUGCUUGGCUUCAAACACUGAUUGUGUUGGGGAGUGGGGGUAGAACAUUUAAAAUCAAAUGCACUAAGAUCAAAACCCGAAAGCAUUGUAUUGCUCAACAGGUCAGGGCCUCGAGGGUCUUCACCUCAACUUUGACAAAACAGUGCCUUGACCUGAAACUGGAAAAUACUAAAAUAUUUGCUUCCAGUGUUCAUCAAGGGGUCAUUUUGGAAAAUGCCCAGGAGUUAAGAGGGAUGGUUUUAGUUAUGAAUCACAUAUUGUGUAAGAUUAAUAUGCAGAAGGGAGCGAUGUCUACAUCCUUAUUGUGUUGUGAAUUCUGCCAUGUGAACUGUAUGUGGGCUACUUUCUGUGGCUCUACUUCUAUAUCUGAAAUGACUGUCUAUGCACCUUAUGGUGCCAGGUCAUGACACUACACUAAACAAAAACAUUUACGCAACAAGUGAAGUGCUGCUCCCAUGUUUCAUGAGCUGAAAUAAAAGAUCCAGAAAUGUU